AUGACCAACAAGGCACUCGUCUUCAAGGAGAUCCCCACGGGGUAUCCUGUUCCCGGCCAGCACGUGGCCGUUGAGGCCGCCGCCUAUGACGCCAAUGUUGCCGCUCCCGCCGACGGCGUCGUGGUCCAGUCCCUCUACACAAGCUUCGACCCUUAUAUGCGCGGCCGCAUGCGCCCCGUCGAGGUCAAAUCUUACUCUCCGCCUUUCAACUUGAACCAGCCCAUUGAGAGCGCCAGCAUCGCCAAGGUCCUCCGCUCCAACAAUGCCUCCUACAAGGAGGGCGAUAUCGUCAUUGGCCCCUUGCCCAUCCAGGAGUACAUCUCGCUCGAUGGCCCGAACCUGGAGCGCAUCAAGAAGCUGGAAAACCCCCUGGGAAUUGAGGAUAUCCGCGUCUUCGUGGGUGCUCUCGGUAUGCCGGGUCUGACCGCGUACUCCUCUCUGUACGCGAUCGGUAAACCCAAGAAGGGUGAGACCAUCUUCGUCUCCGCUGCUAGCGGUGCCGUCGGCCAGAUCGUCGGUCAGCUCGCCAAGCACGAGGGUCUGCGCGUGAUCGGAUCCGUCGGCUCUGACGACAAGCUCGACUUCAUCAUCAAAGAGCUCGGCUUCGACGGUGGCUUCAACUACAAGAACGAGAAGCCCGCGGAUGCGCUGGCCCGCCUUGCCCCCGAGGGUAUCGAUAUCUACUAUGAGAAUGUCGGCGGUGAGCACCUCGAGGCUGCUCUGGACGCGUUACGCAACUUCGGCCGUGUCGUCGUCUGCGGUAUGAUCUCGCAAUACAACUCUGCUCCUUACCCCAUCAAGAACAUCCACAACGUCCUCAUUAAGCGGAUCACGAUGCGCGGCUUCAUCGUCAGUGACGCUGACAUGGGCCCUCUUUACGCCAAGGAGCACCAGGAGCGCCUGCAGAAGUGGAUCAAGGAUGGCUCGUUCAAGGUGCUCAUCCACGAGACUGAGGGUAUUGAUAACGCGGCCGAAGGUCUGGUUGGUAUCUUCCACGGCAGGAACAAGGGCAAGGCCGUUCUGAAGUUCUAA